AUGUCCAUCGCCGGCGCUCGCAGCAACAUCGACAUCAAUUGGCGCACAAUCGACAUUGACGCCCUCGAUCCCGAAUCCUCGUCCAACUUCGAUCUCACAACUCUCACGCCAGCAAUCACACCCAUUUCAGCCGCCGAGGUCCAAACGCUCGCUGGCCAGAUACGGCAACUUCUCCGAGGUGGAGACUCAGAAGGGGCAUUGAGAGGCGCAUUAGAGAAUGUGCCAUACGGAGCAGACGAAGGCGGGAAGGCAAUCCAUCUAGCGACAGUCACAGAGAUUCUGCAAUCGAUCCGACAAGCAGAAAUCACGCCGAUAUGUCAACGAAUCUCGCAGUCGGAAGGCGGCUCGGAAGUGUUGGAUACAUUGAUGAAGUACUUGUACAAGGGCAUGGCAAAGGAUGCUCCGAGUGGAGGAGGACGGGGGACGCCACAGAGUGUGACACCACAGGCUACGGGGUUCAGUCAGAUUGGUGGGAGAAGUUUUGGUCAAGCUCAGGAGGGUGGUGCACAGGCGAUGAGUGUGUUGCUGAGCUGGCAUGAGAAGCUCAUUGAGCUGGUUGGACCUGGCAGCAUUGUCAGAGUCAUGUCAGAUCGGAGGACGGUUUGA